ACACAUGUCAGCGAGGAAUCGAACUCAGGUCUCAUUAGAGAGAAUCUUCAGAGAAAACGCGAAGACGACGAAAAGACAGAGAAAGAGCGCAGAGACUAAAGACGAAGAAGAAGAAGAAGAUUGUGAUUCUCACUCUUCUUCAAUGGAAGCUAAAUCAUCUCCAGACCUAGAAUCAAUCGGGUCUGGUACAACUACGAAGCGAUCAUCGGGAAGCAGAUCUCGUAUACGACGAGACUUCCUCACCAGGUUCACUGACAGUGAGCGUUUCACUGAGAAUCUCCAAGAUUGGUUCGGUUCAGUAUCAGAGAACGAUAAAAUUAAACCGGUCUUUGAACCUCCUUUCGAGCUCGUUGAGCUGCAAAAGUUCGACUACGCACUAGAAGGAGUCUCUUUCCAGCAGCUGACUCGUAUGCCAAACGCUGUCUACGCAUCAACAUCCACUUCAGUGGAAGCAAACGCUUAUCUAGCGGUAGAGGAUUUCUUGCACGCCGCGGUUAAGAGCCUCUGGGAGGCGUUUUGGAGUAGUCAGGAGGAGGAGCCUGUUCCUUUCUCCGUUGGGUGUUUGUUUAGUGAGAAUCUUAAGUUUUAUCAGGCUGAGAAGGCUUUAGCUCUUGGGAGGCUUGAUGGUCUCUCUGCGACAGGUGUGUUGCUGAAGAAUCCGAGGCAUCCUCAUGGGAAGUGGGAUCACGUUCUUGAACUCGCUCUGCUAAGGCCUGAAGUUGGAAGUCGUCAGCCUUCGUUGCCUGUACUAGGAGAAGCUCUUUUCUAUGCUCUCCGUGUGCUUAUCUCAAGAAGUGUGAGCCGGUUGGAUUUUUCUCAGAGCGCAAACUGUGUGUUCGUUCUUUUGGUUGAUUUGCAAUAUGGGGGAGUUGUGAAAGUGGAAGGGGAUGUGAGUAAGCUUGAUUUUGAUGUUAAUAAUGUUUAUGACUGCGCUGCGGAUUGGAUAAAGAACCAUUCGAAGAUCUCUGUGUCUCCUAUUGAUAGGAUAUGGAACAAGCUUGGGAAUGCUAACUGGAGAGACAUUGGUGCUUUGCAAGUGGUUUUCGCCACUUACCAUAGUAUAGUGCAGUAUUUUGGGCCGCCUAGGCACUCUAUUGAAGACCUAGCUGCUGACCAUAGCUCUCGCGUUCACUCUAGAAGACAAGAGAGGCAGUUGGGGGACACUGGUCUUAAUGAGAACGGUAUGUUUAGGCUCCAGCAGAGAACCAUGUCUCCUGAAAUCGUGGAAGUUCAUGAAGAAGAGUCAAGUAAAAUUGAGCCUGAACCGUUGAUGAAACUUGAAGUAGGAUCGGUUUUGUGGUUGGAGGAUUCAAACUAUCAAAAAGGGUAUCAGAUUAACCAAGUGUUGACCAACGGUACACUUCCUUAUCAUAUCGCAUCACCGGUGGAUGAAGCAGGGAAGUCUGUGUUUCUCUACGUUGGUUCUCCUCCUUCGCAGCUAGAGCCAGCUUUGGAAGACAUGAACUUGUGGUAUCAGGUGCAAAGACAAACUAAAAUGCUAAGUAUUAUGAGACAGAGAGGACUUUCUAGCAAGUACUUGCCGCAGCUCCACGGUUCUGGUCGGAUUAUUCACCCAGGGCAAUGUCAAAAACCAAGCUCAGGCGGACGGUGUGAUCAUCCCUGGUGCGGAACUCCCAUUCUCGUGACCACUCCCGUUGGCGAGACAGUAUCUGAUAUGGUAAACGAAGGGAGGUUUGGUCCAGAAGAAGCUAUUAGAUGUUGCCAUGAUUGCUUAUCUGCACUCUCUUCCUCCUCUUCAGCUGGUAUUCGCCACGGAGACAUCCGUCCAGAGAACGUAGUCUAUGUCACUUCUGGUGUGAGACAACCUUACUUUGUACUAAUAGGUUGGGGUCACGCGGUGCUUGAGGAUAGAGAUAGACCUGCAAUGAAUCUUCACUUCUCCUCGACCUACGCACUCCAGGAAGGGAAGCUUUGCGCUGCAUCAGACGCAGAGAGCUUGAUAUACAUGCUUUAUUUCUGUUUUGGAGACUUGCCUGAUUUGGAUUCAGUUGAAGGAGCUCUUCAAUGGAGAGAGACCUCUUGGUCGAAAAGAUUGAUUCAGCAGAAGCUAGGCGAUGUCUCAACCAUUUUGAAAGCGUUUUCUGACUACGUUGAUAGUCUAUGUGGGACACCGUAUCCUUUAGAUUAUGGGAUAUGGUUGAGAAGAUUGAAGAGGAAUCUUUCAGAAGAUCACGGAAAAGAAAUUGAAACUUCAGGCUAAUGGGGAUGUAUAAACUUUCGAUUCCUUUUGAACAUUCUUUCAGGUGCUCUCUGCUUUAACCUGUCCGAGACUGGAAAGCUUCACGAUGAGACGUAUCCUUGGGUUUUGCCAAGUUUGGGUAGUUUGGACCUUGUUCUGUUCUUUUUGUACAUGAUCUUCUAAAUGGAGUAGAUUCUGUGUUUACCUUGUUCUGUUCCUUUUCGUCAUUAUUAUUAUUAUCUCCAAGAGUGGUUCUCUAUUAUUAUUGUAAUUGAGUAUUGUAAAGAUGAGAGCUUUUGUUCCCAUUUUGUGCUUUCUUAACCUAAAUCCAACCAUGAUUCUGUUU